CUGCAGCCGGCGAGGGAGACAGGGGGUGACCGAGCGGAGCGCGGAGGGUAACCGGCUGUGGGCGCGAUGAGACCCGGAGAGCAGCGGCCCGUGGAGGGGGGCGCAUGCGGUGGCGUCUCCGAGCUGGAGCUGCUGAAGCUGCGCGCGGCGGAGCGCAUUGAUGAGGCGGCCGAGCGGCUGGGGGCCUUGAGCCGCGCCAUCUGGAGCGAGCCGGAGCUGGCCUACGAGGAGCACCAUGCCCACCGGGUGCUGACGAGCUUCUUCGAAAGGGAGUCGCCGGCCGCUUCCUGGGCGGUGCAGCCGCACUACCAGCUGCCCACGGCCUUCCGCGCCGAGUGGGAGCCUGCGGGGGUCCAGGAACCGAGCGCCACGCGGCGGCCGCUGCACCUGUGCUUUCUGUGCGAGUACGACGCGCUGCCGGGCAUCGGCCACGCCUGCGGCCACAACCUCAUCGCCGAGGUCGGGGCGGCGGCCGCGCUGGGCGUAAAGGGGGCCCUGGAGAGCCUCCCCGGGCCGCCUCCGCCCGUGAAGGUAAUUGUCCUGGGAACCCCUGCAGAAGAAGAUGGUGGUGGCAAAAUUGACUUAAUUGAAGCGGGGGCUUUUAAAAAUCUUGAUGUUGUUCUUAUGGCCCAUCCAUCUCAAGAGAAUGCUGCUUAUCUACCAGAUGUCGCUGAACAUGAUAUGACUGUGAAAUACUAUGGAAAAGCAUCUCAUGCUGCUGCUUAUCCCUGGGAAGGAGUAAAUGCAUUAGAUGCUGCUGUUCUUGCCUACAACAAUCUGUCUGUGUUAAGACAGCAAAUGAAACCACACUGGAGAGCUCAUGGUAUAAUAAAAAAUGGUGGUGUAAAACCCAAUAUCAUUCCCUGUUAUUCUGAAUUAAUCUAUUACUUCCGUGCACCCUCAAUGAAAGAACUUCAAGUUUUGACUAAAAAGGCAGAAGAUUGCUUCAGAGCUGCAGCUAUGUCUACAGGGUGCACAGUAGAAAUUAAAGCUGGAGCACAUGAUUAUUACAAUGUUCUUCCCAAUAAGAGUCUUUGGAAAGCUUAUAUGGAAAAUGGAAAACAGCUGGGAAUAGAAUUUAUUUCAGAAGAUACAAUGUUGAAUAGCCCUUCAGGAUCUACUGAUUUUGGAAAUGUUACUUUUGUGGUUCCUGGACUUCAUCCAUAUUUUUACAUUGGAUCCAAUGCCUUGAAUCAUACUGAACAAUACACUGAGGCUGUGGGAUCACAAGAAGCUCAGUUCUACACUUUGCGUACAGCCAAAGCUCUGGCAAUGACUGCAUUGGAUGUUAUUUUUAAACCAGACUUGCUGGAAAGAAUCAGAGAGGACUUUAAAUUGAAACUUCAAGAAGAAGAGUUUUUAAAUACAGUAGAAUAAAAGGAAGAUUUAGGAACUACUUACGAAUUAUCAAGAAGACAUGAUGAUUUUUUUCUUUAAUCUUUUUUAAUGAAGACGGGCAUACUUGUUUUUCAGUCUUAAAGGAUUUAAAUUCCUCUGUCCUGUUAUGUGAGGGCA